CCCAAGGUUGGCAUGUGUUUUGGAACCAUUGAAGAUGCAAAUCAAUUUUAUCAGAAUUAUGCCAAGCGCGUUGGUUUUGUUACUAAGAUAAGGUUUACCCGAAGAGUUGGUAAAGAUAAGGUUCCUAAGAAUCAAAUGAUCACUUGCAAUAGGGAGGGGAAACGCAAGUCUAGAGUUUCACCAAUAGAAAAGACCAACCCUAGAACCAACUACAAUUGCCCCGCAAGGAUUUCUAUUAGGUUGAAUAAGGAGGGUCUUUGGAUUAUAUUGAAGGUGUGUUUGGAUCAUUCACAUCCUUGUGAUCCAGAGAUGGCAAAACUGUUGACACAUAAUAGAGAGAUGACUAUGCACAUGUGUCGAGUCAUUGAGAGGAAUGAUGAAGCAGGUGUGAGACCAAGCAAAACAUAUCAAGUAUUGGUGGGUGAAGCGGGGGGUUUUUCUAAGAUAAACUUAAUGGAAAAAGAUGUUAGGAACUAUCUCAGCAGAAAGGUACGCAAUGUUACGGAAGAAAUGGAUGCUAGGAAGAUGUUGAAGUAUUUUACACGGAUGAAGGAUAUGAACUUUGAUUUUUAUUUUGAUGUUGAACUUGAUCAAAACAAGCGUCUCAAAACUAUAUUUUGGGCUGAUGCUCGAAGUAGAGCAGCAUAUGAGUACUUUGGUGAUGUAGCUUCGUUUGAUACUACUUAUAAAACCAAUCGUUACGAUAUGCCAUUUGGUUCCUUUGUGGGGGUUAAUCACCAUGGUAACUCAGUGCUUCUUGGGUGUAGUUUGUUGACUAAGGAAAAUUCAGGCUCGUUUACUUGGUUAUUUAAUGCUUGGCUUACAUGUAUGCAUGGAAAGGCUCCUAAAGGCAUUAUAACAGACCAAUGCCUCGGAAUACGAGCUGGAAUUGAGAAUAUGAUGCCAGAGACACGUCAUAGGUUAUGCAUUUGGCACAUUACGAAAAAGAUUCCAGAAAAAUUCAAAAGACACAAGAGAUAUGAAGAGUUACAAAGUGAUUUAAAUAAUAUUGUUUGGGAGUCCAUUUCAGAAGAUGAUUUUCAAAAUCAAUGGAAAGAUUUUCUGAUUGAAUAUGGUCUAGAAGAUAACAAGUGGCUAUCAGAGAAGCAAUUUCAAGGUGCCUAUACUAAUGCAAAGUUUAAGGAAGUACAAAAACAAUUUAGAAAGAAAGCAAAUUGUAUUUUGCACCUUAUGAAAGCAGUUUCUACAUCUAAAGUCUAUUCUAUUUUGGAGGAUGUAUCUACUUCUAAAGAGAGGGUUUAUGAAGUUAACUACAAUGCGGAAACGAAGGAUAUUACAUGCAUGUGUCAAAUGUUUGAAUCAAGAGGCAUAUUAUGCCGUCAUAGCUUGGUUGUCCUAGGGCAUGAACGCGUGAGAGAAAUUCCAAGAAGAUACAUUUUGGACUGCUGGAGCAAACUUGUGAAGCAAAGACAUAGUGAUAUUAAGAGCAGCCAUGAUCCAAGUUUGUUGAAUCCAAAAACAGAGAGGUUUGAUGAUUUAUGCUCCCAUUCGAACAGUGUUGCUCAAUUUGCAUCCCAAACAAAGGAAACAAGUGAUAUCUUACAUCGUUAUCUUGAUAUGGCUAUGGCGGAGUGUCAAAAUCAUGUUGCUAACUCAUCAUCUAAUGCCAAUGAGUUAGAUAAUUGA